UGUCUUUGCUGUCUCAUGAAUCUUUCCUCAGGAAGUGGACAUGUGAAGGCAGCAGCAGCAGAGUGAUAAAUUCCAAGGUUAAACACAGGUUUUCCUCUCUCUGAGUGUUUUGAGUACUGUCACUUUCUUUUGUCAAGCACGUGUAACUUUUUAAGAUAAUUUACUUCCCUUUUCUUUUCCAGGACCAAGAUGUUUAACUGGCUGGGGUGAAGUGACUUCUCAGAUGGAACAAGAAGAACCACUUGCCUUUGAUCUGCAGGGCCCUGAGAAAAGGGAGACCCUGAGAACCACCUGUACAGAUGACAAAAUCAUGACAGCAAAUGAGGAGGAGAAUCCUCUACCCAAGACAGACCCUGAGAAGGGCCUGGACACACACACAGGCUCCAUCAACUGUCAGAGGCCACCAGGGCGGGAGAACCGGUAUCAAUGCACAGAGUGCCAGAAGCGCUUCAGUGUCCAUUCAGCGCUGGUGAAGCAUGAGCGGGUCCAUACAGGGGAAAAGCCAUACCAGUGCCACCAAUGUGGCAAGAGCUUCAGUGUGAGCUCCACCCUUAUCACCCACCAGCGCAUCCACACUGGGGAGCGUCCAUACAAGUGCCCCCAGUGUGGCAGGAGCUUCAACCAGAGCUCGCACCUCACCCAGCACCAGAAGAUCCACACAGGGCAGAAGCCUUGCACGUGCACUGCUUCUGCAGAAGGCUCCCCUGACAGCUCAACCUGUAUGAAGCAUCCAGGGCUGCAUGCUGGGGUGGGGCCCUACACCUGCCUUGUUUGCAGAAAGAGCUUCAGCCGGAGCUCCACGCUGUAUAACCACCAGCGAGUGCACAGCGGUGAGAAGCGCUACCAGUGCGCCCAGUGUGGCCGGUGCUUUGGCGUCAGCUCCAACCUCAUCCGGCACCAACGGGUCCAUGCGGAGGAGAGGCCAUUCCGGUGCCUAGAGUGCCGGAGAUGCUUCCACCUCCCUGCCGACUUGGCUGAACACCAGCAGGUACACCAGGGGGAGAAGCCACAUGCAUGCCCCAAUUGUGGAAAGGGCUUUGAGCAGGAGGCCCAGCUGGCCAGGCACCAGCGCGUGCAUGCCAGGGAGGAUGCAUACUGCUGCCUGGAGUGCGGGAAGAGUUUCAGCCGCAAGGGCAAUCUGGUGCGGCACCAGGAUGUGCACAGUGGAGAGAAGCCCUUCCAGUGUGGGGACUGUGGGAAGAGCUUCAGCCGGGGCUCAUCCCUGACACAGCACCAGCGCGUCCACACUGGGGAAAAGCCAUACCCCUGCCCAGACUGCGGCAAGUGCUUUGGCUUCAGCUCGCAGCUCACCACCCACCGCCGCGUGCACAGUGGCGAGCGGCCUUACCGCUGCUCUGAAUGCAAAAAAGGCUUUGCUGAUAGCUCAGGGCUCAUCCAGCACCGACGUCUGCACACAGGGGAGAAGCCAUACCAGUGCCCUGAGUGCGGGAAAAGGUUCCGACAGAACUCAGUGCUGACCCAGCAUCUGCGCACACACUCUGGGGACCGCCCCUUUGAGUGCAGCCAAUGCGGUGAGCGCUUCACCCAGAGCUCCACUCUGGCAGCCCACCGGCGCCUCCACACUGGUGAGCACCCCUACGCCUGCCCCGAGUGUGAGAAGAGCUUUAGCGAGAGCUCACAUUUGGCACAACACUGCCGCAUACACACUGGGCUCAAGCCCUACCACUGCAGUCAGUGCGGAAAGAGCUUCGUGCAGAGCUCACAGCUGGCCACCCACUGCCGCAUCCAUGCGGGCCAUAAGCCCUACUGCUGCAGCGUCUGUAGCAAGUGCUUCAGUGACAGCUCAGCCCUCACCCAGCACCGGCGGGUACACACUGGGGAGCGCCCUUAUGCGUGCAGUGAGUGUGGGCGGAGCUUCAACCAGAGCUCAGCCCUGGUCCAGCACUGGCGGAUCCAUACAGGUGACAAGCCGUUUGAGUGCAGCACCUGUGCGAAGAGUUUCAGCCAGAGUGCAGGGCUUGCCCAGCACCUCAGCACACAUGCCAUCGGGAAGGCCGGCCAGCCAGCCAGCAGGGCCCUGGGACCACACAGGUCCUGA